UUUGCCUUUCUGCUUGGCAGUGCCGUUUAUUUUUGCAGCUUGUUUGUAGCUGGUUUAAAAAAGUAUUUUUUUACAAAUUUUGAUUGGGCACAAAAGAAAUGCCGCCAACUAAAAAACUUGAUCUCAACAUCGAAGUAGAUGUUCUAACAGCAGGUUCCACUGCCGAUGUUGUGAACGCUAUUCUUGAAUUCCUACUCUUCCAACGAAAUCAAAUUCCAUUUGUAUACAAGACUUAUAAAUACUAUGUGGGAUUGUGGACAGAAGAAACUGAAGGCUGUACUGGUGCCAAUUUGAAAGCAGUUACAAGAGACAAAACAUGUACAAGUACUCUGCACACCUAUCAGUUGGAUCAACAACGGAAACAGGCUACACAAACGAAAGAAUCUAUAAGUGCAAUGCGUGAGCUUAUACAAAAGUUAUUUGAUAAAAACAUUGUUCGGCGUUUAAGAUUUCUUUUUGGACCUACGACAUUUACAGCAAAAGAAGCCUACACCAUACACAUACCAAUUGAUUCCAUAUCUCGACUUCACUUUCACAGCCAACACCGCAUUCCACACGAUCGCCUUAAUCAAACCUUAAUUUCGCUUCUCACCAACGAAAGUCUUUACAACAUUUUUUCACAUAAUCUAUAUCCAACCAAUCUGUAUCUCGAGCUGGAAAUAUUGUCUGAGCCAGGCCUUUUAAGGGAAACAAAUGCGAAGGCACAGUUAAUGGCUAAAGAUGUGUCGCAGUUGCCGCCAAGUUGUAAGGAUAUCCAUUUCCAUUUGCAACAUUCACCGUUUCCAUUAAUUAAUGGUGCACUAACUUUAAAUUGUUGUAAAGAGUUGGAAAUAUUCGAUGGUAUAAUUAGCCUUAAUUUAAAUGAUGCUCAGUCAAAAAACAGUAAUUUUGCGGGCGAGAAAGAAAUACAACCGUCGCCUUCUUGGUGGGAAGCAGAUGUAUUAGUACGAGGUUUCAAAGAGAAACCGAUAAAGGGCUUGAACAUAUGGGCACAAUGAUAUUCAUACAGAAAUAGCAAUAGUAUUAGAAUACUUCUAUCAAAAAUUGACGUAUACAAUUUUUAACAAAACAAAAAAAAAAAAUAAUCACUUUGACCCAAAACAAAAAUGACCACUUUGACCCUAAAAUGUGUGACUUUUUUCUAUGCUUAUAAUUAUA